GCUAGAGCUGCAGCAAGAACUUUCACUUCGGUGCUGCCCAGCCCCAUCUGUUGUCUCGGCACCAAGCUUUUUGGUGCCAUUGAAUCUAAAUCGCCGUUGAUUCUGUGUGAAGUAUGUGCCGAUGUCUUUUAUGUUUUCUGACAAAAGAUGCUCUCUUGUUCGUGAGCUGUUCUCCGCAGUGGAGACUCUCAAUUCCGUUUCGAUUCAUGCAGCUUCGCUUUGAGUCCUCCUCCCGGUUUUUGUUCAUUUCGCAAUGGCAACUCCUAUGGCGACCAGGUCCUUCUCUGCUAUCUCUGCGUGCUCCCGCAGGGCUACCUUUUGUAGGCCAUGGGAUUCCCUUGGUUUCGGGAAUUCAUAUGUAGUUCGAGGUCGAUGGAAAGGGCGGUGCAGUCUUGGUAUGCACAGGCAGUUCGUGUCACACGGGAAGAACUCGGCGUUGGAGGCAGCGAGAGCUAGCGAAUUGGAGGUCGUUUUUCAGCCUGGAACAGUUUAUGAGGGGCCGAUCACGUACGACCGACUGAUGCCUUGCCCCAAUUAUAGUUUGCCAGCUCGUGUGGAGCACUUGCUGAUAGAGAAAGAUGGGAAUAUUGUUGAUAUCAUCUGUGAAGAACUUUCGCUUCCACCUUUAUACGUUGUAGAUCUUAUAAGUUUUGGAGCUGUCUUUUAUGCCCUUGAAUGCCCAACACCACCACCUCAUGCUUCUCCCGAACAGCUUGAGCUCUACAAUAGACAAGUUAAGCUUCGAGCUUCCAGGAAGAAAGAGCGAUUGUCGUUGAAAGGAAAGACGUUGAAGGAAGCUCAGAAAACCUUUAGAAUUGCAAGUCCAAGUGAGUAUAUUGAAUCAGGGACUUACUUAAGAGUGCAUGUUCAUCCCAAACGUGGGCCUAGGGUGUACGAAGUUGAUUGGUUGUCCAGGGUAAUUGCUGAAACAGAUUCUUUUGUGGUCGUUGACAAGCCUGCCGGUGUCUCGGUUGGAGGCACAGUAGAUAAUCUGGAAGAAAUGUGUGCGACAUUUGUCAGCCGAGCUUUAAAACUUAAGAAGCCACUCAUCCUUACUCAUCAAAUUGAUACGUGUACUGAAGGAUGCGUUGUUUUCGCAAAGACGAAGGCUUUUUCGACCCACUUUCAUAUGCUCCUACGGGAAAGGAAAGUCAGGAAGGAGUACACAGCUUUAGCAGCUGCACCUGUUGCUCCUGGGCACCACGUUCAUUACAUGCGAUCAGACCGUUAUGCCCCUCGAAUGGUUAGCAAUAAUGACUAUUCUGAUUGGAUGAACUGCGAGUUGAACGUUUUGGGUUGUAGGCAGGUGAAGUGGCCAAGCUCUUCUGUUGAGAAACAGUUUCGUAUUGCCCAUUGUGGUUGGGAAUCCCGUGAACAUGCUUAUGAGUGCAAUGUGCGUCUUCUAACUGGACGGACACAUCAGAUACGAGUUCAGUUUGCUGCAUUAGAUGCACCGUUAGUGGGUGACUCAGUCUAUAUGCCUUCUGUGGUCGCGCGAAAGAAGUCUCCAGAGGUUGACCCCUUUCGUGCGGAAAGUAUGAUCCAAGAUGAGGGGUCUUGGAACAGUGCUAUAGAAAAUUGGCGAGAUCUACAUGGGCUGGAGCCUGUAUGUGGUCUCGGUCUCCAAGCUUCUGUGAUCUCUUGGGAAGGUGAAAAGCAAGUGUUUAAAGCAGGACGCCCGUGGUGGCGCUAACAAUUAAAGUAAACUCAUUCAAUAGUCUUCCACUUAAACAGCAGCCUCUAACCAAUAUUGGUUUUAUGAUUUAUUAUGCAUGUUUUAUGUAGGCCUGGGCUUUGGGAAGGAUUAUUUUUAAAGUUUUGCGACACGUAGCACUUGACCAAAUCAGCUAAGGGUUACAAAAUUGAGCUUUAUGCCCGUGGAUAUCGCGAUCAGUUUACCAGGCUGGUGAGGAUUUUCUGUAGUCUGAUCUCCCAUGUUCUGCUCUUCGUAGUUAUUACAGCGUAUUAUGGAUCUUUCAACAUUGCAGAUAAUCCACUACAAGUGGAUGACAAGUAACAUAACCAUCACAUUGGAAUGUUCA